GUACGAAGACGUACCUGUUGUCGGAAACAAGAGCCCAAAAUGACAACAACGAACAACACGAACAACACCAACGGCUCGACGAAAACAAUUCGAGCGAGAUCAACGUUCAGGCUACUCCAGCACGGGUACGGUAGAUCGCGGCCAAGCACAGUAGCAACAAACAGCAUGGGGGUACUCCAGGACGAAGAUGGCAUCUCCCUGACCUCCGACGAAUCGACCGGCGUUUACACACUGCGAAUGGACCGGGGUCCGAACGUGGUCAACCCCCGGUUCGUCGAUCUUCUCGGAAAGGCCAUCGGCAAGAUCGAAAAGGCCCCGCAUCCCAAGGCGCUCGUCGUGACGGGGACCGGAAAAUUCUUCUCGAACGGCCUCGAUCUGGAAUACCUACAGCGCUCGAGCGAGUCCCAGAAGGGGGCAUUGAUCACGUCGUUCUGGGAGCUUCUCGCCCGCCUGAUGGUGGCGGACUGCCGGACCGUUGCCUCGAUCAACGGGCACGGGUUUGGCGCGGGACUCUUCCUGGCGCUUGCCUGCGACUACCGGGUCAUGAGAACGGAUCGUGGAUAUCUCUGCUGGCCGGAGGUGAACCUCGGCAUGCGCCUCGCCAAGGGGUUCUCGGAGCUGUCCAAGGCAAAGAUCGGUCCCCGGGUCCUGCGGGACGGGGUCCUGACGGCGAAGCGCUACGGCAGCAAGGAGGCCCUGGCGUCGGGAUUGAUCGACGAGGAAUGCUCACUAGAACACCUGCGGCGUACCAGCGAACGCCUGGCGGCAGCGGGCCUGCCCGAGAACCUGGGGCUCCUCAACUUCAACCCCCGGACCUUUCGGAGCAUCAAGAUCGAGCUGUACGUGGACGCCUACCGAGCUCUCACGUCGGGGCAAUUUGACGCACCGCCCGAGAGUCGGCUCUAGGAAGCACUGCGAACGGAAGGACUUUGGAAUGCGGGCUUUCGGUAAGACACUGAAAUUCAAGUCGAAUGCAACGGAUCGGAUUGCGCGGUCUCGCAUGGACGGCCACGUGUGAACCAAGCAAGAGAGAUCAAGAAAGUGCCGCGGUUGCACGUGGCACCAAUGUUCCAAGCUCGCGGCCCCGAGUCACAACUUUUUCUGCUGCCCGGUGCGACAAGAGAUACCAUGGGCGGGAUCCGAUCCGAUUUGAGGCUCCACCGUCGGUGAUCAUUCGAAACCGACGCUCCGAAUACAGGUUGCGCGUCCCACAGAACCAACCAAGGGAGCGGCACCACGCGGAAGAUCAAAGUGUUGACACAGACUUUUCCGGCGCCCAGUUUUGGGUGAGGUCUUCUCAACAACUAGUACCAUAAAAGCCAUAAAGUAUG